CAUAUCGACCAAUGCACUGUGGCAAAUAAUCGUCCGAUAUUAAGACUGCUGUGACAACCCCGCUUAACGAUAGUUUGAGUUAACACGCGAGUUCGCUUCUUGUGAGUUAAUAUUAUUAAUUUCCGGAUCUCCACACAAAAAUUGAUCUACGUAUCUUGGGACAUUUGAGUUGUAUUAUGAAUACCUGUGCGACCCUUAUAGUUUUCCGAUAGCAAGUGACUGAUUUCGACGCAAGCGGAUUUUAAAUAUGAUAAUCCGGUUGACUGCAGUAGAACUCAAUCUUUAACUUCAUUUGAAACCUGGCUAAGUAACUGGCCGGCUAGGAUUACAUACCAUGCACUUCGACGAACUUUUGAAAACUUUAGGGGAGCUUGGACAUUACCAAAGAACCCGUUUGUUUUUAAUAUGUCUCGUGUCCAUCGUAUGCGCCUUUCAUGCCAUGAAUAUGGUAUUCGUUGGCGCUAAUCCGAAAAAGAAAUGUCAAGUUCCAUAUGUUAAUCUGUCUUCUGCCUCCGGUGCCAAAAAUGUCACGUUAGACCAUUGGGCUUCCUAUCUCAGAAGAGCAGACGAAGAUGCCUGUGAAAUUUACAACCCGGAUGAAGUUUACAACUCUGUUAGCAAUGGGAGUUAUACAUUCCAAGAACUGUCGUCUGGAGAAACCAAUGUAUCAUUUAGUAAAGUGUCAUGUUCGAAUUGGGAAUUCUCUCGUGAGGUUUACGGAGAUACUAUCGUUACGCAGUUUUACCUAGUGUGUGAUUCAGCAUGGCUUCGCAGCACCUCCAAAACACUCUACUUCUUUGGCCGUCUCCUCGGUGCUGUGGUGUUUGGUCAGCUCUCAGACAUAUUUGGUCGCCGUCCAAUGUUCUUUGCCGGGUUGCUGAUGUUGCUCAUCGUUGGCUGUGUUGCGGCCGCCUCACCGUCUAUGUUUGUCUUUAUUCCGUUCUACAUACUCCAAGGAGCCGCUCAAACGGGGCUAUUUCUGGUCGCUUACACAAUGUGUACUGAGUUGGUGGGCCCGAGUUACCGGGUCCUGGCCGGGUUCCUCAUACAGGGUUUCUACAGUAUAGGCUACAUGGCCCUGUCCGGGGUCGCUUACCUCAUUUAUGACUGGCGGUACAUCGAAGUGGCCAUCACUCUACCCGUUGUCCUGUUUGCUGCCUAUCUAUGCAUACUCCCAGAAUCAAUUCGGUGGUUGCUCUCCAAAGGGAGAGAGGAAGAGGCCAAAGAGAUCAUCAAGAAGGUAGCAGAGACCAACAAGGUGUCAAUCACAGAGGACAUGUUGGAGGAUCUCAGGUCUCCCAGUGAGAAGCAGAAGGAGGCAGUAGACGACAGGAAGUACACGUUCGUUGACCUGUUUCGGCCGUUCCGCAUGCUCAUACUGUCUCUGAACGUCUGGUUCAAUUGGUUGGUGAAUGCAAUGGUGUACUAUGGCCUAGCCCUAGGGACAGACAACUUGGGAGGGGAUCCAUACAUCAACUUUAUGAUCGCGGGUGCCGUGGAGAUCCCCGCUUACAUCAUGUGUGUACUGUGCCUUAACCGGGUGGGACGCAAAAAGCCGCUUACAAUCACCAUGAUUUUCGGCGGAGUCAGUUGUAUCGCGUCAGCUUUUGUCCCGAGCGAUUUGGUGGCAUUGAAAGUGACAUUAGCGAUGCUUGGAAAGUUUGGUAUUACAGCAUCGUACGCCAUUAUCUACCUCAUGGCAGCUGAGGUUUUCCCAACGGUCGUCAGAAACAUAGGAAUGGGCAUAUCCUCAAUGUCCGCCCGUAUUGGCGGCAUGUUGGCUCCUCAGAUCCUGGAUCUCGGGGCUGUCUGGGGCCCACUUCCGCUUCUUCUGUUCGGUGUUUUGUCUGCUGUUGCUGGGAGUCUAGCUCUUCUACUUCCGGAAACCAACGGAAGGCCCCUUCCUCAAACCAUUGAAGACGUCACACAUCCGGAGAAACUAAAACAUCGUGAUGAUAUGACCUUGGACAUUCGCAAAAAUAUGAGAAAACUUCUCUCAAUACCGAGGCAUGGGGUGGUUGUCUCUUUCAAACAAUCCAUGGCCACUGCACAGCCUAAGGAGAACCUGCCAGAUGACACACCUGCACAGCCUAAACCGUUCGCAGAUAUACCAGGACCAACGGGGAUGCACAAUUUGCCUGUACUUGGGAAUGCCUUUCAUUUUGCUCCUUAUCUGAAAAGUGGAGGCUCCCACUUGUAUUUCCGGGAACUGAACAAGCAGUAUGGUAAGAUUGUGCGAGUUCGUCUGGGACCUAACCAAACCGUGAUGUUAUUCGAUCCCGAACUAAUCAGUCAAACUAUAGCGAACGAGGGUGCCUAUCCAGUUCGUCGUUCAGUCCCAAUCAUGGAAACUUACGUGAAACGAACAAAAAGAAACAUGCUAAGUGUACAGAACGGACCGGACUGGCAGAGUUACCGUAGUGCAGCACAACAGAGUGUCAAACCAACCAUCAUAAAGAACUAUAUAGAACCACAGGCUCAGUGUGCAGACGACCUUGUCACGUGGCUAGAAAAAUAUGGCAACAACAAUCCCGAGGUCAAAUUCGCAUUUAUGUGCUAUUCUGCUGAUGCAAAUGCUGUAUUGACGUUUGACAAAAAGAUUGGAUUUUUAAAGAAUAGUGAAAAUCUCGACCCUGAACUUGAACUUUUCUUGAACAGCAUCAGGCAGUUUAUGGCACUGAUAGGCCAAAGUAUCUUUUCCUUGCCAUGGUAUAGACUUUGGCGGACAAAACUCUACAUGGAUUUCGAGAACGCCACCAAUAAUGUCUAUAGAAUAAGUGAAAAGUUUAUAGGGGAAGCAAGAAUUGAAUUACUUCAGAAAAGUAAAAAUGGCGAAUUUGACAUAGCCGAAAGUGACCUGACCGUGCUGAAAUGCCUUCUUCAAGAUAAUCGAUUAACCAAUCAAACCAUAACGGAUGUAAUGGCAGCGUUCCUGUUUGCAGGUGUAGAACAGGUAUCCCAGGCUUUGAUAUGGAUGUUUUGGUUGAUUGGAAAGUCUCCCGAGAAGCAAGCAAAGCUUUACGCAGAAAUUUCUUCCAACAUAGGCUCAUCACCAGUCACUGCCGCAAACCUCGGAUACUUACCUUAUCUAAAGGCCUGCGUCAAGGAAUCAUUCAGAUGUGUUCCACCGGUGGCUUCCGGUACAGCAAGAGUUCUUCAACUUGAUACUGAAAUAGGAGGGUAUUUGAUUCCCAAAGGGACAACUGUAAUGUUUGGCAACAACACAUUAUCGAUGUCAGAAGAACAAUUUGCAAACCCUGAAGAGUUUCUUCCUGAGCGCUGGUUGGACUCAAACGACCCCCAGAAACAGAGACAAAUGGGUAUGUGUGUUUUGCCGUUCGGGAUAGGAAAAAGAAACUGUAUGGGGAGGCGAUUUGCCGAACAGGAAAUCCAUUUGGCUACUAUUAAGAUUUUGCAAAAUUUCCAUGUUGAAGUGACAGGUGAUUGCCGUGAUGCUAAGCCUACAUAUACAACAUUUGCUGAGCCAGACCGACCAAUCAAAUUCAUUUUUGAUAAAAGAUGAAAUCAAAGGAAUUUU